AUGGAUGCCGCCGACGAAGAUGCAGACGUCCGUCUGCAGAAAGUAUCCAAUGACCUGCUGAGCGAAUUCGACGGAGCGCUGGGCUCGUUCCUGCGGCGCCCAGGCAGCAAGAAGACAGAGACAGACAGCACGCUCCGGACCCAUGUGCGUGCCCGCGAGGCGUACCAUCUGAUUGGGCUGAUUGACCAGUUCCAAGAGCUGCCACAGCUCCUGGACGGCUAUCUCGCCCGAUGGCUGCCGGAGCUGGCGGAUGCAUUCCUGGGAUGCGUGGCACAGGCACCAAAGGCACAGGCGCCGCUGUCGUCGUCGUCGCCGACGUCGCUGGUCAUGUCGCUUCAGGCGGCCGUGGCUCGGCUGCUGUACACGUUUUGCAAGGUGCGUGGAGAGAAGGUGGUGGUCGGGUUUUUGCCGGUGGAGACGCGGUACCUGGAGCGUCUGCUGGGGGCGCUGGAAGCGCAGGAGAGGCGCGGCGGCGAGGACGGCGAGGGCCGGUGGACGUGGGAGGAGCGGUACGUGGUGCUGCUUUGGUUGGCACAGCUCUUCCUGGCUCCCUUUGAUCUCUCAACGAUCUCGACUGGGCGGGCUGGCGACGAAGAGGGCGACGAGUCGGCGACGAUCGAAGGGUUCGUCUGGCCGAGCGGUGAUCAAGGCAAUGGCAACAGCAACAGCAGCCGUUUACUGCCCUCCAUUACCGUUCGUGUACUCCCUCUGGCGAUCGGCUACCUGGCAGCUCCGGGAAAGGAGCAGGAUGCUGCCCGGGCGUUGCUUGUGCGGGUAGCCAUGCGACGGGACAUGCAGGAGCUCGGGGUGCGUCAUGCUCUGAUCCUAUGGGCGCUGCACUCUCUACGACCGCUGGGCGCACAGAUGCAGACACCGACUUCCAGGCGGCCCUCUUACUACUACAUUGGCACGCUCUCAUUUCUGGCCGGCAUCCUGUCGGCUGCGGCGGGUGCCUCGGACAUGGACGACGCGCUGGCGUCCAUCUUUGCAGCGGUGCACGCGGUGGCCGAGUCCGAGGGACAGGAUGCGGACGUGUCUCUGCGGGAUGAUGCGGUCUUUGUGGCGAUCCGGUCAUCGGCACUGGCACGCAAGAUGAUGAUCAAGGCGGUGCGAGCGAUUGCGGUGCGGUACAUCCAGUUGGCAGCAGCCGGCCAAGCGGGCGAGGGCGAGGGCGACGCGAUCAUCGAGACGACCAUCGGUUAUCUGCUGGACCGGCUAGCAGAUAACGACACGCCAGUGCGGUUUGCAGCGAGCAAGGCGUUGAGCGUGAUUGCGCUGCAGCUGGACGCGGACAUGGCGGCACAGGUGAUCGACGCAGUUUUGGAGGGUCUGGAGCGCAACGUGCUAAGGCUUCCGGGGUCAAUUUCGGGCUCAGGCUCUGGCGGCCGCGACCUGACGGCAGUUGAUCCGUUGGAGUGGCACGGGCUGAUGUUGACGUUGGCACACCUGCUGUACCGACGAUCACCACCGCUGGCAGUCCUGCCGGCCAUCGUGGCGUCGCUGCAGGUCGGACUGGCCUUUGAGCGGCGCAGCGUCUCGGGCAGCGCCACGGGGACCAACGUGCGCGACGCCGCCUGUUUUGGAGUUUGGGCGCUGGCCCGCCGCUACACCACGGCCGAGCUGCAGCCGCUGGCAGUGUUGCAGCCACUGGCCACCGACCUCGUCGUGGCUGCCUGUCUGGACCCGGCUGGCAACAUUCGCCGCGGCAGCUCGGCCGCCCUGCAGGAGCUCGUUGGCCGUCAUCCCGACACUGUCUGCGCCGGUAUCGCUCUCGUCCUGGCCGUCGAUUAUCACGCCGUUGCUCUGCGCAGCCGUGCCGUUGCCGAUGUCGCCUUGCAGGCCGCUGCCCUCGCCCGCGACCCCUACGGCAGCGCCCUGCGCGACGAGCUGCUCGGCUGGCGCGGUGUCGGUGACGCUGGCGAUGCGGCUGCUCGACGCGGUGCGGCCACCGCCUUUGGUCACAUUGCUCAGCGGCUCGCCGCUGAUGGACCUACUCUCUGCAACUUCCUUGGGACGGCCAGUAUGCUCACCGAACGCAUCACCAAGCUGCAGCCUCGCCAGGUGGAGGAGCGUCACGGCCUGCUGCUCGCGCUCGCUGCCGUCCUGGACACGUUUCCCGCUCUGGUUCAGGCUGCACAGACGCUGGUCGAACUCCCCGGCGUGUGUCAGAAAACAAUUUGCUUGUUGCACCGGGCUCUGCAGAGCUGCAAGAUUCUGGCGCUGGCUACUACAACCAGACGGCUCGAACUGCUGGCCGAGGCCUCCAGCCGGCUGAUUGUCUCGUCCUUUCCGGUGUUGCAAGCCACCAGCACAAACGACGGCAACAAAGAAACGAAGGCAGCUCUCAUAUCUGGUCCUGAGCUCGUCUCCGAGGCCAACCAUGUGCCUGCAACCGCGUUCGGCCAGGUGGUGCAAGCUCUGACUGGCACUCUCGCCCCACAGGACGACAUCCGUACCGUUACAGAUCUGGCUGCAUCGCUGCUUUCCGACGUCUGGCUAGCCCGACGGGAGCCCGAGGUGGUUGAUGCCGCAUCAGACGCGGCUCUGAUCCUGCUGGUGGUCUUGUUCUCGACCGCAGCCCGUCACGAGCUCGUCUGUUCGUGGGCCGCCACCGUCCGACAGCCGGCGGCUACUCUGACGUCCAAGACAGCCGCGGCCCGGUCGACAAGCCGAGGAAGCAGCGGGUCGGGCUUCGUCUUCGCCUUGACCAAGGCGUACCCGCUGGUGGCACUCGGCGACACCAGUGACGAGGACCCUAUCAGCCGUGCCAUCCUCGACCGCUGGGCCUCGGACAGGUCGAUCGAGGCACGCGUGUCCCUGCUACAAGCACUGGCCCAGAGCCCGGCAGUGCUGAUGAUGACAGCGCCAGCACCAGCGACAGCGACAGCCAACCCCGGACGGUUCCGCACCAUCUUGGCCGCCGGCCUGGACGACUACACGACGGAUGCGCGCGCGGCGACGUCGGGUCGCACCGGGACAGCAGCCUCGGGAUCGCUCCUCUUCCUGCGCGUCCUCCGGCUGGCGGCCGAGAAGCUCGACCGGGUGCGCACCGCGGCCCAGCCGACGCUGGCACUGGCUCUGGGCGAGCCGGCAAGCAGCCGGCUGCUGUCGCUGACGUUCUCGUCGCAGGCCUACUUCCGCACUCUGCUGGGGCUGUGGGACGAGGCAGAGGCCGGCAGCCUGGGACCCAUUGCAACAGCAGCAGCAGCGGGCAAGACGGGCGACACAGCUGCAGCCGUGCAGUGGAUGGCAGCCCUGAUGCGCGGCUACGUCACGUCGGCCGACACGGGCAACGAGGAGCUGGUGAUUGCCAGCCGGGCAGCGUUGGUAGACUACGUGGGCCAGGGAGAUGCGGCGGCGACGCGGCGGAAGAGACGGCUGAUAUGGCUGUCCCUGCUGCGGAAUCUGCCUGGAGGAACGACGACGACGACGACGACGACGACAACGGGGAAGCCCAAGGUCCCGGUGCCGCCCGACCGCAUCGUGGUGCCGACGCUCGAGAUCGUGGCCUUUCUCUUCUACAGCGGUGUCUUUGGCCGGUCUGUCGGCGAGGAUGACAGCGACAGUCAUUUGGCAGCGCUCUGCCGACAGGUGUACCUGGCGGCUGAAAAGGCGGGCAGCGUGCGCAAGCUGGAGGCGUGCAUCAAGGUGUACGGGGCCGUGGCUGCGGUGACUGCAGAGACUGCAGAUUCGGCCGGCCCAGUCGCCCGACAGAGGCUGGCGGCCCUUCUCCGCCAUCCGUGGCCACGCAUCCGAAAUGCCGUCGUUGAUGAGCUGUGGGGUCUUGGACUGGGAUUGGAGCUGGGGCUGAGGCUGGAGCGCAGCCCAAGCGAAAACGAGGACCGAGGGGGGGGGCUGGUUGCGGCUCAGAAUGCCCAGUUGGGGCAGUUCGACGCGCUGAAAGGCACCGACUGGGGCUCGGCCGAGGCAGAGGCAGUGGACGCGCUCGUCGGCCGGCUGGGUCUGGGGAUCAAGUAA